AUGGAUGCUUCACAACUGUCCUUCCUGCUGCUGCUGUUGGGAUUUUUGCCCAAAGUGUUAUCGGUGCAGAUGUGUGACGUGGUGAAUGAGAUCGAGCUGGAGAAGGAGCGAUGUGAGAAUAGCACCUCUGGGAACGUCACUUCAGGUUGCCAGGGCACAUGGGAUAUCAUCGCCUGUUGGCCGUCAGCCAGAGUCGGAGAGGUGGUGACAAUAACCUGCCCCACUUACUUCAGUUAUUUCAGUGACCAGCAGAAAGGUAACCUCUCCAAAACCUGCACGGCAAACGGCUGGACUGAGAUGAGGCCUAUUGACAUCGCCAUGAACUGUGGAUACAAUCUCAAUAGCACUGGCGAUGAUGGCAAGUUUUUUUGGCAAGUGAAGAUUGGCUACACGAUUGGCCACAGUGUUUCCCUCAUCUCUCUAACCACGGCUAUUGUGAUCCUCUGCAUCUUCAGGAAGCUCCACUGCACAAGGAACUACAUCCACAUGCAUCUGUUUGUGUCAUUCAUCCUGAAGGCCAUCGCCGUGUUCGUCAAGGAUGUGGUGCUCUACGAGGUCGGGGAGGUGGACAACUGCUCCUCAGGCUCGGUUGGAUGCAAAGCAGUGAUUGUGUUCUUCCAGUACUGUAUAAUGGCCAGUUUCUUCUGGCUGCUGGUGGAGGGCCUUUAUCUUCACGCAUUGUUGGCUGUCUCUUUCUUCUCAGAGAGGAAGUACUUCUGGGCCUACAUUCUGAUCGGCUGGGGAGGUCCGACAAUUUUCAUCACAGCUUGGAGCAUCGCUAAAGCCUACUACAAUGAUGUGGGGUGCUGGGAUAUAAUCGAGAACACUGAUGUGUUCUGGUGGAUCAUUAAAACUCCUAUUCUGGCAUCAAUUCUGAUGAACUUUAUUCUCUUCAUCUGCAUCAUUCGAAUACUUCGCCAGAAGAUCAACUGCCCAGACAUUGGCAGAAAUGAGUCCAACCAGUACUCGAGACUGGCGAAAUCAACGCUGCUGUUGAUUCCGCUGUUUGGGAUCAAUUUUAUUGUGUUUGCAUUCAUCCCAGAGCAGGUGAAGACUGAGCUACGGCUAGUUUUUGAUUUGAUCCUGGGGUCGUUUCAGGGCUUUGUGGUCGCAGUUCUUUACUGCUUCCUCAAUGGAGAGGUUCAAGGUGAGAUCAAGAGGAAAUGGCGGAGGUGGCACCUGCAGAGAUACAUGAGCUCUGACACCAAAUACCAACAUCCGUCUAUUGGCAGCAGCAACAACUUCAGCACCCAGAUCACCAUGCUGACACGAUGUAGCCCUAAAACACGCCGGGGUUCAUCCUCCUGUCACGACGACUUGUCGAGCAUAUGA